AUGGCUUCCUCGCCUAUACCGCCUUUCGACCUGGACGCAGAGCCGCUUGUGACCGGCUCGGUCGAGAUCUCUAACGAUCGGCUGAUUCAAGGUUUCUCUUGGCUGGUGGCUACAGUGAAGGAACAGAACCGCGUAAUGGAUGCGCUCAGCAGCCAGAUCGACAGCUUGAAGGUCGGUGCAGUUGAGCCGGCGCACUCCGGUGAUGGCAGACGCGCAUCCAUGAAGGAGGAGAUGCUCGUGAUGCAAAUCAAUGCCGUAAAGCACGAGGUUGGCUCACUCCCACGUUCGAGUGAUUUGGAGCGACAGCGCGAGCGCACCAUGGCGGAGGUUCACAACAUCUCCAACACCUUGAGCGACCGGAAUCGAGAGUCGUCCGAGCGCUUGCAGAAAGAGCUCGCCGACGUGACUGAUUCACUGUGCAACCAGCUGAAGCGCAUCGGAGACGAUGUCUUUUCAAGGCUGGAGAUCCUCGAGCAGCGACCGCAGGCGCCGGCUCCUGCUGCGGCUCCGGCGGCGCCAGCGCAGGCGCCUUCAGCUGCAGCCGCUGCGGUGUCGCAGCCGCCUGCGUCGCAGCCGCAGGUGCAGGGCAGCAUUCCGCCCCCGCUUCCAAACCCGAUGUCAUCCUCCAGCAUCGCCGCUGAAGACACUGAGGAUCACACCGACGGUUUGCUGAUGUCGGAGCGUCCAGCCGCAGCGUUCACGGGAGGCGGCUCCCAGGUCGACAUGGCAUUGAUGGAUGCCAUCACGGCACGCUUGGAUGGGCUGGAGAGGCAAGUCCAGGAUCUCCGGACUGAGGUGCGACAGCCUGCAGCGGCAGAUGCUGGUCCGACCCCAGCUGCUCGAGAAACCUCGGAGCCUCCUUUGGUCAACCAGAGCAGCUCAGCCGGAAACCCACCUGACAGCCAUGCCGGAGCUGUCAGCGCCGAUCCAAGUGUAGCUUUCAUGACAGCUCCACCAGACCUUGCCGCUCCAGCUGUGCCUCCGGAGCCGGCUGCUGUGCCGCCGCAAGGGGACCCGAAGCACGUUGAUCCGAUCCAGGAUGUGAGCGCAAUUAUUUCCGCAGCUGUGGCUGCUGCUACAGAUGCUGCUACUACCGUGGCAACUCAGGCCGUUGCUGAAGCAGCGCAGGGCGAGAGAGGAGAUGUUGCAUCUCUUCAGGAGGAGAUGCUAAACGUGCGAAGAAAGCUGGAGUCUCUUGCCCAAAGUGUGUCCGAAGUACCGAGCGAACCGAAAUCGCAGGAGGUGCAAGUCCAAGAGACACCAGUGAGGGAGGUCCAACCGACACAGGCAAACCCUGAAACGCAAAGCGAAUCCGCAGCUCAAUCCACUGCUUUGGCAUCUUUACAGGAAAGGUUAACCUCGGUGGAGGCAGCUGUGAAGCAGGUUGAGGGUGUCGUACCGCAGGUCAGGACCGUGCCUAUUCUGGAAGCGAGCAUCCAAACUGUGCAGCAAUCGCUCGAGGUGCUGCGCCAGCAAACACAGCAGCUGUCGCAGCCACCACCACAGCCACAGCCCGCCAGUGAUGCAAAGGCCGUCACUGUCACCGAAAAAGAGGCUGCUCGCAGCGAGCUGCCGGAGCCAGCGCCGGAAGAUGCGAGACACAAGGACAUGUUGGCAGUUUCCGACGAGGAGCUCGAACGACUGAUGGCUCGACUGCAAGAUAUGGAGGAGCUUCAGGAGAAGGCGGAGAAAAGGAUCCAACAAGUGGAGGGUCGGUUGCGAGAGGUCCGAAGUCGAAGUGGGUCAAUCAGCCUGGACAGGAAGGCGCCAGCCAGCCGCAACACAACAUUGACUGCUUCAAAGACAUCUGAGCCGUCUGCUGAUGGAUCCGUCGGUGGCUCCUGGAAGGAUGUUCAGGCCGAGCUGGAACGAUUUCGGAAACUCUUCGAGUUCAUCGAGGGCGUGCUUCCGCAAGAUGCAGCUGAAGCAAUGAGAUUCUUCAAUCGGCGUGAAGCAGGCAAGGAAGAAAUGUCCGGGAUGAUUUCGGAAAUAUUUGGCGCAGAUAUCGAGUUCCAGAAUGCCAAGUCGCAGCUGGAGAGCGAGUUCAAAAUGCACACUCGCGAGCUUCGACGAGAGUUCGACAAGCUCACUUUGGCGCUGAAGGGCUUGCAGCGAGAUGUGGACACGUCCGGCAGCAAAGUGGUGGACCUCUCCAGACGGACGUCGCAACUUGAGACGGAGGUGCGAUUGUCGCCGGCUGUGGCAAUAUCUUCUAUGGAGGACCCGCAUCAGGAACCGAGUCCACGCGGUCCAGUCGAAGGCAGACGCGACAGCAAGGACAUGCGCGACAAGGCACUUCAAGGUAUGUCCCAAGAGAUGCAGCGUGCCAUACAGGAACUGCGUGAUGAGAUCCGGCAGUGGAUAGAACUCUUCAAGUCCAGUGUGGUGCAAGCCCUCCAAUCGAAGCCUGAUCAUGAACAAGUUGCGGACUUCGUCAAGCAGGUGGUGGGAGCUUCGGCUGGCGAGAAAGUUGCAUUGUUCGCCAAGCGCCAGCUACUAGGCAAAUGUGCGUCUUGCUCAGCCCCCAUCGAUGUUGACCUGCUGCGUGUGAAGAGACCGCAACCGAUCGGGCUGCAGGAGCACUGGCCUCCUGGAGAGAACCUUGGAGCCAAGGUGGCCAUACGACCCUUAAACGCAGGUGGUGUGAGUCCAAACAGGCUACCAAAGAUCGAUGCUCGCCGUGACAACCCCAAAGCAAGGGGCAUGAAGUCGAGUGCAUCCACACCUGAACUCCGCAAAGAUCAGGACAACGGGCAUGCACGCAAGCUUCUUGCUUCUUUGAGCCAUCGGCUGAUGCUGCAUAACACUUGCCAAGCAAGACUGUGCGAAACACCACUGAGUGGUUGCUUCGCAGACGGGAGUUACAAAAGUCGCAGUGGAAUCUGGAUUAUGACGUCUUCAUUUUCCAAAGUGUCUGGCAUCAUCGAUGAUGACGAAGAGGAUCGUCAGGAGAUCAGCCAGCGAGCACAGGCCCUCUACCAGAGGGCGCAGGAUGCAUACACUUCCAAGGGUUCGCAAAAGGACGUCUUGAGGCUGUUUGAGGAUGCAGAGGCUGCCAUGCGACCGCUGCUCGGUGGGGGUCUGGCCAGCUUGAAUGCCCAGGCGAGCUUUUGCUUCUUCGCGACGUAUGAACGCUACUUGACCCUCUACUUCGAAGCCGAUGGCUUCCUCGCGGUCGAGAUAGGCUUCAUGCCCCUUGGACGUAUUCGGCAUAGAGGCACGUCAGUGGUGACCUGUUUUCUGCCCGAAGAGGAUCGCAGUGCGCCGGGGUCUCAUGACGGCAGCGACUCCCCUUUGGAAUGCCUUGGCUGA